AUGACUUCUUUGGAAUUGCAACCGUCCUCAUCUCGCCGAGAUGGCCAAGAUGAGGUCGAAGAGGCUGGCGGCAAAACCGACAUUGAUCUUGUAGAGAGCGCCGGACAUGACAGGGCAGCAACUUACGGGGAGUCCGUGGCUGCUCGUCUUCCCAAGGCCCAUCGUGAUUAUCUGAUGGAACGCCAUGGCACAUUAGAUCUCGACCCUAUUCCUGGCAUGGGCGCAGCUGACCCUUACAACUGGCCUGAGUGGAAGAAAAUGAUGAAUUUGAUCCUUGUGGCAUUCCACGCUUGCAUGGGCACUUUUACCGCCGCUGCCAUCAUUCCUGCUUAUUCCACGAUUGCCGAAGAACUGGGUGUUGGCCUGCAAAACGCCAGUUACUUGACUUCUCUGCAAAUUGCCAUCCUUGGAGGUGCUCCUCUUUUCUGGAAACCAUUGUCCAACCGGUUUGGACGCCGUCCCAUUUUUCUCCUUUCUCUUAUUUGCAGUCUCGUCUGUAAUAUUGGUUGUGCGAAGAGCACCACCUAUGCCUCCCUCGCUGCGUGCCGUGCCCUGGUGGCCUUUUUCAUUUCUCCUGCUUCCGCCAUCGGCAGUGCAGUCGUGAUGGAAACGACCUUCAAGAAAGACCGUGCCCGUUAUAUGGGUGUCUGGACUCUGAUGAUCACCUUGGGUGUCCCCAUCGGACCUUUCAUCUUCGGUUUCGUCACCUACCGUGCCGGAUACCACUGGAUCUACUGGAUCCUCGCAAUGAUCAACGGUGGCCAAUUCAUCCUGUAUCUCAUCUUCGGCCCAGAGACCCGCUACCUAGGCAGCGGCAUCGACAACGAGAAAUCAGCCUUCAAGAUCGAAUACUUGUCCCUGCGACGCAUCGAUCCAACACCAUUCACAUUGUACGAGUUUGUGCGCCCACUAACAAUGGCUCGCCACCCCUCAAUCCUAAUCCCAUCCUGCGCAUACGCAAUGAUCUUCCUCUUCGGCAGCAUCCUCACAACAGUCGAGGUGCCCCAACUGUUGCAAGAAAAGUUCGAGUUGAACGCCGAGCAACUCGGCCUCCAAUUCUUGGGUGUAAUCAUCGGCUCCGUAAUCGGCGAGCAGAUGGGUGGUGUCCUCUCCGACUUCUGGAUGAGCCGUCGUGCCCGCCGAAUCGAUCGCAAGGCCGAGCCUGAGUUUCGCCUUUGGCUCAGCUACUUCGGUUUCGCCUUGACCAUCAUCGGUGUGAUUGUCUUCCUGGUUUGCACGCAGGAGGCCAAGACUGGUCAUUGGAAUGUGACCCCCAUCAUUGGGACCGCUAUUAGCGCUGUCGGUAACCAGCUUGUCACGACUGUCAUGGUCACAUAUGCUAUUGACUGCUUCCCACAAGAGGCGGCUAGCAUUGGUGUAUUUGUCACGUUUGUGCGCCAGAUCUGGGGUUUCCUGGGUCCUUUCUGGUUCUCUCCUAUGUUCGAGACUGUCGGCAUCGCUGCCAGUGCUGGUAUUGCUGCGGCGAUGAUCGUUGUUGUCAGUGUCAUCCCGACUAUUUUCCUGCACUGGCGGGGUCGGGUGUGGCGUAGCGACGAAUAG